AUGCUGGACGACAUCGAGGCUGGUCCUCCGGACCCGAUGUAUACACUAAAGAAAUGGGCCGACGGCGAUACCUGUGAUCAGAAAGCUGAUCUCGGUGUUGGUAUAUAUCGAAACGAGGCAGGCGUCUAUCAAGAAAUGGAUUGUAUCAAGCAGGCCAAAGUUGAGCUCUCAAAGCAGAGUCUGGGGCAUGAUUACGAGGUCACUACUGGAAACCCGGAAUUUCUGCAUCAUGCAGCUAGGCUCAUUUUCGGCCAAGACUGCUCGCGACUUGCGUCUAAUCAUGUUGCUUCGGUACAAACCAUCUCCGGUACUGGGGCUAAUCAUCUUGCUGUACUUCUUUUGGCCAAGUGCAUCGUGCCGCAGCCAAAGGUAUUCAUUGGAACACCAUCUUGGGGCAAUUACAAACCGAUGCUCGACUUGGUAGGAUUGUCAACAGUCGAGUACUCGCAUUACGAUGAAAUUGAGCGCACCCUUGACUUCCCAUCUAUCCUUGCGGCCAUCGCUUCGGCUCCUCGCCAAAGUGUAUUCAUCUUUCAAAGCUGUUGUCACAAUCCUACUGGGGCAGACCCAUCGCCGGAGCAGUGGCAUGAGUUGGCGAUGGCGCUUCGGGCUGGUGACCACAUUCCGCUUUUCGACUCGGCCUACCAGGGACUUGGAAGAGGGCUUGACGAGGACUCAUUCGCUGUACGACUGUUUGCCAAGUUGGGUUUCAGCAUGAUUGUUUGCCAAUCCUUUUCGAAAAACUUUGGCUUGUACGGUGAGCGAUGUGGUGCUCUUCACGUCUUAUGCGGCACUGCAGAGGCAGCAAGUGCAACGCAUGACCGCCUACGUUGCCUAAUACGGUGGGAGUUUUCUUCUUCUCCAGCCUACGGCUCCCGCUUGGUAAACAUUAUCCAAAGCUCGGCCUAUUUAAAACAGAUGUGGGCUACGGAGUUGUCUGCUAUGAGACACCGGCUGUACAAACUGCGACAGCAGUUGCAUAACUUGCUAAGUAAAGUUCUAAAGACGCCUGGGCAUUGGGGGCACAUUAUCGAAGAAUGUGGCUUAUUCUCGUGGGUUACCUAG